AAUCCAGAAGAGAAAAAAAUGGCUUUUCUUGCAUCAGGUUUCGCCACAUUAAUUGAGAAAGCUCUCUUCACCACUCUUCUCUUGACUUCCAUGGCUUCUGUCCCGGUUUCUUCCUUGCAGUUCGAGGUUGGUGGCAACAAUGGUUGGGCAAAACCUACUGGAAACGAGUCCGAGACUUACAACGAAUGGGCAAUUCAAAACCGGUUUCGAAUUGGAGAUACCCUUUAUUUCAAGUACAACGAUGACUCUGUGCUGGAAGUGAGCUAUGAUGAUUAUACAAACUGUGAUGCUUCAAAUCCAAUUGUGAAAUUUGAUAAUGGAGAGACAGUUUUUGAGUUCAGGCGCUCUGGUUUGUUUUUCUUCAUUAGCGGGAGGCGAGGCCACUGUGAAGCUGGCCAGAAACUGAUUGUCCGUGUGCUGCACCCAUCCGAGGUUGUGUCUGCUGCAGGGCCCGCAGCCUCCCCGGCACCAGCCCCGGGUGGCGAUGAAUGGGACCCGCACAACUUAGGACCGCCCCCGCGACACAAUUCUACUUCCAAGCUCUCUGUUGCUUCUUACUUCAUUACUGCCCUGGGAGGAGUUCUGGUGUUUCUCUAUUUGCUCAUGUAGUGUAGGUUC